AUGACUAGACAUGCCCGAAAUUGUACUGCCGGUGCAGUUUACACGUAUCAUGAGAAAAAGAAGGAUGCUGCAGCUUCGGGUUAUGGUACACAGAGUGAAAGGGUUGGGAAGGAUUCUAUAAAAAGCUUUGAUUGCUGUAGCCUUACUUUACAACCCUGUAGAAAUCCAGUCAUAACAAAAGAUGGUUUCUUAUUUGAUAAGGAAGCUGUCUUGGAAUACAUAAUAAGAAAGAAAGGUGAGUAUAAUAGAAAGUUAAAGCAAUAUGAGAAGCAAUUAAAAAAAGAAGAAGAAGAGAAAAAAGAGUUGGCAGAGGCUGAAAAAGAAGCAAAUUUAAUCAAGUUUAUGAACAGGGAAAAGAACAUUACUAAUGAUGGUAAAGCGCAAACUUCUCAGGCGUCCACUUCAGUUUCAAAUUUAGCUAAUGGAAAAGAUAAGCAGUUGCCAAGUUUUUGGAUACCAUCACAAUUGCCUGAUGCGAAAGUAUCUAAGCUUAAGAAGCCUGAUCCUACUGUCUAUUGCCCUCUAAGUGAUAAACCUUUAAAGAUGAAAGACCUCAUUGAAGUUAAAUGGACAUUGGUAAAUGAUCCAGAUGAUACUAAAUCUUUGAUUGCCAAGGAAAAUAGGUAUAUGUGUCCUGUCACACAUGAUAUACUGAGCAAUGCAGUUCCCUGCGCUAUUAUUAGAACCACUGGUCAUGUAGUUACAAUGGAGUGUGUGGAGAAGAUUAUUAAAAAAGACUGGUUACACCCACUUACAGGUGAUACGUUAAAAGAAAAGGAUAUUAUACCAUUACAGAGAGGAGGCACUGGCUAUGCCCUCACCAAUGAAAACCUUAAUGCUAAAAAUGAAAGGCCAGUUUUACAAGCUUAA